AUGAUCUCGGUGGAAUCUCUCAGUUACUCCAACCAAAGCCUUGACUUUCCUCUUAAACCAUCGAAUUCCGAUACACCUUCCGUCAGUGGCCUCUCUAGUAACAGCCCCGAGCGUCUUCUCGGCUCCGAUCUGGAUGACUCCUCCGACGACGAGACGCGUCCUCCGCCCGUGAAGGGUAAUUUGAACAAGUGGACAAACAUUCUGCAUGGUUGGCAGGAGCGUUACUUUGUCCUAAAGGAUGGUGUGCUGAGUUACUACCGUAGUGAGGCGGAGAUGGAUCAGGGGUGCCGAGGCUCGAUACGUCUCAGGAACGCGCAUGUCCAGCCACAUCCCUAUGAUGACUGUAGAAUUGACGUCAGUCUGGGUGACUCCACCUGGUACUUUCGUUGUUCCUCGGAGUCCGUUCGACAGCAGUGGAUUUCUGGCAUUGAGAAACACCGACUGGCUGAGUCCGGCUACAGCUCGAAGUGUUCGAUGCUCUCCCUCAACUCCAUCAAUUCCCUCAGCACCUGUGGAAAACGUGGCCAGAGCAUGUCCGAGAAAUGGGCCAUCUGA